AUGUCAAUUCAGCCAGACCAGUUGUGCAAAGUGCUGGAGGCCUCCUAUAGUCCCGAUGCAGAAGUACGAGGCCAAGCAGAGGCGGUUCUUAAAUCGCUCUCUCCAACAAAGGGUCUUCUGAGUGCUUUGGUGCACAUCAUUAGACAUGAUGAGGUUGAUUUGGCAAUUCGUACAGCAGCGUCUGUGACGUUGAAGAACGAAGUGCGACAGCACUGGGAGAACAGCGACAGCGAUGCUGCUGACGGGUCUCAGUCUGGUGCAGGUGCUGCUGCUGCUCCUGCUGCUGCUGUAUACGGAGAAGAGGAGAAGCAAGAGUUACGCCAAUGUCUUUACCCUAUGAUUAAGGCACUCAGCCCUCAGGCUGCUCCUGUUCGCCUCCAGCUUAUUGAGUGUAUACGCAUCAUUGCCGUCAUUGAUUAUCCAGAAAGGUGGCCAUCUAUACUUGAGGAAGUUUGUGCAGAUUUACCUGCAAUUAACGAAGCUUCUCGUCUAUUUUGUGCAUUAAAUGUACUACGCAAGCUAGUUGGUGCUUAUGAGUUCCGUGGUCGUGAUAGUAGACAGGCAUUAGAUGGUAUAAUAGACCGUACAUGGCCAUUAUUGUUACCAACAGCAGCAGAGUUACUGCAACAAGGAGGACCAACUAACGAAAUGGCUAUGAAUCUAUUUAAAUUUGCACUAAAAAUAUAUUGGUCCUCUACCCAACUAUGUUUAUCUAAUUCUCCUCUUCUUUUGUCUACAAUGGACAAUUGGUUCGAGUUGCUUUCUGCCUGUAUUCGUUUACCUGUACCUACAGCAAUGUUGACGGGUAGAUCUACAGAGGAGAGAGGACAAUUACCUGUAUAUAAGGCAAAGAAAUGGGCACUACAGAUAGUACAAAGAGUAUUUACCCGUUUUGGUGACCAAAAGAUGCUAAGAAGGGAGAGAGGAAAAGGAGAAAAAGAUAGCGAUGCAAUGUCUAAGGCAUUUGCAAUUGAGUUUGUGAAGAAUUUAGUUCGUUAUCGUGCUAAGGAUUUCCUUGAGCCUAUGCUUGUUGCAGUACACCGUGUAUGCACAGAGUACAAGCAGGCAACAGAGGCAGCAGCAGCAGCAGCAGGAGGAGGAGGAGGAGGAGAACAACAACAACAAGAAGGGUCAUCAGGUGCAUGCGUAUCUGUAGAAAUGUGCCGAGCAAAAGAUGGGGCUUUAAUGCUUGCAGGUGCAAUAUGUGAUAGAUUAACAUCUAAGAAACGUCAGACCCCUAUAGAGGGUAUGCUAUCAUCCUUUGUGUUACCUGAUCUAUGUUCGCCUAAUAAAUUCUUACGCAUGCGUGCAUGCUGGGUAUACGAAGUAUAUUUAGAUAGUGUAAGACAAUGGACAGAUCCAGGUCCUGUUAUACAGGCAUAUAAAUAUAUGCUUACUCUUCUUGGUGAUCAUGAGCUACCUGUACGGGUACAGGCAGGUGUAUCUAUUAAGGCAUUCUUUGAUGUAGAUAUACCUGAACUACAACAAACAAUUGUACCUAAUCUAAAAUAUUUAGCAGAAAAAUUAUUUACUCUUAUGCAGGAUAUAGAUCAUGAUCAACUUGUUACUACCCUUGAGCAACUUGUUAUUACUAAUGAGGAACAUAUUGCUCCUCUUGCUAGGGAUCUUACUGCUGCACUUACUGCUGCUCUUCUUAAUAUGAUGGAUAGGGAAGGAGCAGCACAACGUAAUAGUGAUGCAGAUGCAGAAGAUGAUGCAAGUUUUGCAUCUAUUGCUGUUAUGAGUACCCUCAAGACUGUAUUAGGAACAAUAACAGAGACACCUCAUGUAUAUUCAGAGAUUCUUCCUCAUUUAUUCCCUGCAUUAGAUGUCUUAUUAACACCUGAUGCUAUUGACCAUCUAGAGGAUACAUUAUCUAUAUUAGGUUAUCUUACUUAUUAUUUGCCAACUCCUUUCCCUCCUAAGUUAUGGAGUUAUUUUGAUAAAUUAUACGAGGCUGUAUGUGGUCCAGCUUCCCAGCAGCAGCAGCAGCAGCAGCAGCAGCAGCAGCAGCAGCAGAUGCUUACUAAUGAGGCACGUAUACAUAACGGCUGGGCACCUGACCAUUUAGAGCAAAUGCUUCCUGUAUUAAAUAACUUUCUUGCUAGGGAUCAGCAAACAUUUGCUGCAGGAAAGAUACAAGAAGGUAUUCCUUAUCCAGAAUGUUUCUAUCGUAUGGCUAAGACUUGUAUUGAUGAUGCAGAUGAG